AUGCCGCGCGAACCGCGGGAGGUACAUCAUGUCGACGACUUUCGACGACUGGCGGCCGAAAAUGACUCCAGCGACGUCGCCAGCUCUCGCUCGGACGACGCCGGCGACGUCGCCUGCGACGCAUUUACGACCACGAGCGACGUCGAGGCGGGCGGCGUGCGAGUUCGCACGGUGGAUCACAACGCGCGGCGCGAGACGGACUACGUGAUCGUCGUUCACGGCACAUUCGACGCGCCGCCCGCGGACGGCGCACGCACGUGGUACCAGCCGCCCGCGCCCGGGGAGCAGAACUUCUGCGCCAAGAUGGGCGCGCUGCUGGCGCGCGGACCCAUCGGCGCGGAGAGCGUCUGGCGGGCGAUUCCGCGCGCGACGGAUUCUCAAGGUGCAGAGUCGCAGGGGGCAGAGUCGCAGGGAUCUGAGGUUUUCAGGAGCGGGUCGCAGACGGGGCAGUCGCAGGGAGGUGCUGCGUCGCAGAAGGGGCAGUCGCAGGGAGGUGCUGCGUCGCAGGAAGGGGGCCAGUCAUGGCAGCGCAUGAUGGACGGUGACGUGCCUUACCCGUUCUUUUGGGACGGCAGCAACACACACGAGGGCCGCGUGAAGGCUGCAGAGAAGCACGAAUCCACGUCAUUGCCCACUCCUGUUUACUCUCCUAUUUGCUUCCCCUCUCCGCCCCAUUUGCUUCCCCUCUCCGCCCCAUUUGCUUCCCCUCUCCGCCCCAUUUGCUUCCCCUCUCCGCCCCAUUUGCUUCCCCUCUCCGCCCCAUUUUCUUCCCCUCUCCGCCCCAUUUUCUUCCCCUCUCCGCUCGAACCGCGUCCCCCUCCUCCUCUAACACAGAUGGCGCGGCUUGCUGGGACAGAUUGCAGCGACCCUUCUUGCAGGAGCAGACUCAAAAUCCCCCCCGGUAUCUUUUCCCCUUCGGCCCCUUCCCCUCUCGUCUUCACCACAGCUGGCGCGGCUCUGGCGCGGCUGUUGGACCUGAUAGCUCGCAGGGACCCCUCAGCGCGAAUCCAUGUAAUUGCUCACUCCCACGGAGGCAACGUGCUUCUUAAAGCCAUCGAGCUCGUGAGUGCUGUUUAA